AUGAAUAUUGAGGAAGUAGUUGUCCAAAGAUUUAUUAAAUACACUCAAUUUGAAACAACUAGUAACCCAAUGUCUAAUUCUAUUCCAUCUACUCCUACUCAAAUUGAAUUUGAAAAAUACCUUCAGAAAGAAUUAAAUGAAAUGGGAAUUAAAAAUGAAUUAACACCAACUGGUCAUCUUUUUGCAUAUCUUUCUAAUUCUCCAAAACUAGCAUUUUUUGGUCAUGUAGAUACUUCAAAUGAAGCUCCUGGUAAAAACGUUAAACCACUUAUUCAUGUUGUUGGAAUGGAAGACAUUCAUUUACCUUUAAAUAACAUAGUAUUAACAGCUAAAGAAUUAAAGAAAUACCAAGGAAAAAAAAUAAUAACUUCUAGUGGUGAUACAUUACUUGGUGCAGAUGACAAAUGCGCUGUUGCUAUACUCAUGACAAUUUGUGAAAUGUACAAAAAUAAAGAAGUUCCUGUAGUAAUAGUUUUUACUCCUGAUGAAGAAAUAGGAAGAAGUAUAACUCAUUUAGAUAUUGACAAAGUCCAAGCAAAAAAAGCUUAUUCUUUAGAUGGUAAUGAAUUAGGGACGUAUUCAACAGAAAAUUUCAAUGCGAUAAAUUGUUUUAUUCAAAUUGAAGGAACAUGUUGUCCUAAUGCAUUAUUACGUUAUUUAGAAUUGAAACCAAUAAACCAUCCAUCACUAACAAAAGACAAAGAAGGAUUUGUCUUAUGUACUUCAAGUAAAGCAAAUGAAACAAAAGCAAGUAGUUAUUUUAUUCUACGGUCUUUUGAUGAAAAAGAAUUACAACACUUUGUCCAAAUAAUGAAUGAAAAUGGAAAAACUAUAGAGAGUGAAUAUCCUGUUAAAGUAAGUAUUGAAAUGAAAAGAAUGUAUUCUAAUAUUCAAACAUUUUAUGAUUGUAAAGUUUUAGAAGAUAAUUUAAUAAAUGCAAUGAAAAAAUCUGGCGUUACUCCAAUUAAAAAACCAUUUAGAGGUGGUUUUGAUAGUUGUUGGUUAUGUGAAAAAGGAAUAGAAUCAAUUAAUUUCUUUUCAGGAGGUAUAAAUUUCCAUUCAAGAAGAGAGUUUGCAGUUGUAGAGUCAAUGGUUAAAGCAGUUGAAAUUGUAAAUCAAUUAAUAAUUGAUCUAAAUUAA